UGCACAAGUCAUAAUUAAUGCCGAGUUGUGGAGCUAAGACCAGAUGUGCUGCCGAGAUUAUCUCCCAGGGUAGAUCGGCUGCUCCGUGCUCUGUAGCGCCGGGUGAAUGGAAAGCUGCCAGUGCUGGGACUCAGAAUGUGUCUGAUGCCUGAAGUCAGGACUUUCUUUCUCUGCCGCUCCUGCUGUCUGACACUGCCUGGUUUCUGCUUGAAGCUCAGCGCCUGUCAUGUAGCGGAGUGCUGCACAAGAACGAGAGGGAUCUUUGGGCAGCGCCUGGAGGACACGGUGCAGUACGAGCGCAAGUAUGGGCAGCGCCUGGCCCCGCUGCUGGUGGAGCAGUGCGUGGAUUUCAUCCGGGAGCGGGGGCUCACCGAGGAGGGGCUCUUCCGCAUGCCUGGACAAGCCAACCUUGUCAAAGAUCUGCAGGAUUCUUUCGAUUGUGGAGAGAAACCCCUUUUUGACAGCAACACAGAUGUUCACACUGUGGCGUCCCUCCUGAAGCUUUACCUUCGAGAGCUGCCAGAGCCUGUCAUCCCCUUUGCCAAAUACGAAGACUUUCUUUCUUGUGGACAGCUGCUCUCAAAAGAUGAGGGAGAGGGUACCCAGGAACUGGUUAAACAGGUGAAGAAUUUGCCCCAAGCCAACUACAACCUCCUCAAAUACAUAUGCAAGUUCCUUGAUGAAGUUCAGGCUCAUUCCAGCAUUAACAAGAUGAGUGUCCAGAACCUGGCUACAGUAUUUGGACCAAACAUUCUGCGGCCCAAAAUGGAGGAUCCAGUGACCAUGAUGGAAGGCACCUCGCUGGUUCAGCACCUGAUGACAGUGCUGAUAAGCGAGCAGGGGAGGAUCUUUGCUGUUCCUCAGGCGGAUGUGCCAGGGAGCCAGCUGGAAAUCAGACCAAUGCGCCAGCGCAGCACCGUGGAGUGGAUCUCCGAGGAGGACGGGGAGGACAGCAGGUCACAGAACAGCGCUGCCAGCCCCACUGAUUUGCCUUCUGGCAAUGCUGUGGCUCUGGAAGCCACUCCAGGACCUGCAGUGAAAAUCACUCCUCCAGAGCACAGUGGCAAAUCGACCCAGCCUGCCACGAGCCCCAGUAAAAGAGUGCAGACGCUGCCUCCAUGGAAAUAUUCCUUCCGCCAGCAGGGAGCACGGUCUGUGAGCCCAAAGCUGGGCAGCUCAUCCUUGGAUAUCCCCAACCUCUCCUCCAGUGGGAACUGGUUGAUGAACGGCCUGUACUCCCUCCGAGGCCAUCGCCGGACAGCCUCUGGGGAACGAGUGAAAGACUCUUGUUCCUCCCAGAGACUCUCCACUUAUGACAAUGUCCCCUCAUCCAGCCUGUCCCUCAGCACACACAGCAUGGCCAGCACCACCUGGUCUACAUCAUCCUGUGAGAUCUCCGUGAUGGACUCGGUGAGCAGCUGCCCAGCCUGCCGGGCCAGUGACUCUUCUGCUUUGAGCUCCCUAAAAACCGAGUGGGUAACUCAGGGCUCGCUGUCCCCGAGCGAGGGCAAGACUGCAGAUCUGGAGAACAGCAUGGACAGGUUUGAAGCCUGCAGCAGCAGCAGCAGUGAACAGAGUGACCCGGCUGCAGCUUCCCGAGACUCUGUCCAAUGCUCCAGGGCCUUACAGAGCUUGGUGGUGGAGCUAAAGACAGAGCUGAGCAAACAGAGGACUGAGUAUGAGACUAGUAUCAAAAGAAUUGAAGAAACAAGUGCAGACCUGAGGAACCAAGUGGUUAGGUUAGAAGAAGAACUGGACCAAGAACGAAAGAAAUACACAAUGCUGGAGAUAAAGCUGAGGAAUUCUGAACGUGCUCGUGAAGAUGCAGAGAAGAGAAAUUACCUCCUGCAGAAGGAAAUGGAAGAAUUUUUUUCAACAUUAGGAUGUUUAACUGUUGGGAGUCAAAGUGCUAAAGUCCCCAAGUAGAACAAGUAUAGAAAAUCCUGUUCCUGACAAAAUGAGUGAAAAUGCUUCUUUUGUUCUGAGAUACAUGAGAUUACUCAUGUAUCAUGAGUAAUUCUAUAGUGAUUGUGCUCUAAGUGACACUUGCCCUGUUGUCUUUACAUGUGCUAUAGUAUUUGGGCCAACUGGGAAAGACUGCUGACCAUAAAGCUUGAAAAUUUAGUGUCAGAUUGCCAAGAAAGAGUGGGUUCCCUCUGUAUCCACAGAACAAUAAGAUACUCUUCUCCAGAGUGUCCUGCUGCCAUCUUUGGACUCAGCUGCACCAUCCUUUCGCUGGCCCAAGGAGAGUGGAAGGUCCUGCAGGGUGGGUGGAUGGCCAGAACCAACAGACAAGCUGAGCCUGGAGCUGAGGAAUUCCCACUCUUGUGCUUGGGAAGGUGGCAGUUCCAGCCAGGACAUUUGCCAGGCGGAUUUAAUGAGGUGGCUUUUGCCCCACUCUCUCCAUAAAGUUUGUUCAAAUUUC